AGCCAUGGGGAAUCAGAGACCGCCGAAUCGCCUAGGCCCCUGUCCGAGACGAGCGAAAUGAGCCUUGAGGUGGGCACCUUGAACAGGAAGCGGAAGAGUCCCAGCGACAAGCAGAGGCCCCUCACCAGAUACCUGCCCAUAAGGGGGUCGGACCUGGACCUUCGCCAGCACAUAGAAUCGGCCGGCCACCAGGUGGUGCUGUGCCCGCACGUUUUAAUAAAUUCGAGCACGUGCCGGGGGUUCCUUCACAAGAAGGGUUCGAAGCUGAACGGGUGGUCCAGGAGGUGGUUCGUAUUCGACAGGAACAAGCACACUCUGACCUAUUACUCGGACAAAAGCGAAAAGAAGCCCAGAGGGGGGGCGUAUUUCCAGGCCAUCGAGGAGGUCUACUUGGACCACCUGAACAGCGUGAAGUCGCCCAACCCCCAACUGACGUUCAUCGUUAAGACGCACGAACGUCUCUAUUACUUGAUGGCGCCGUCCCCGGAGGCCAUGAGGAUAUGGGUGGACGUCAUCUUCACCGGCGCCGAGGGAUAUCGGGAGUUCGAGCAUGGCACCUGAUGGUAAAUUGCCAGCCCGUUCCGCGUCGGUUCACCGAAUUUACAUAUUGUUACGUAUGUAACGGAGUUUAUUGUUCGUAAUGGAUAAACAGAUCUAAUUAGCUGGAUAUAUUUUUAUAAUAUAGCGAUUAGGAGGUAGUUUUUAUAUUACUUUUGUACAUAAACUUGGGGGUUCAAUAAUGUAACGUGAUAAAGGACUAUUUUUGUACGUCUAAAUCGAAUGGCCGUUUGCGAUGUUGUGCGGUGCCUUUUGCGAGAGUCGCAAGUGCGGUGGCAGGUUUGUCGUCAUUUCUUUUUAAUGUGUUUUAUGUUUUAAGACUGUGCACAACCAAUAUUUCUUGUAAUUCUUAUGUUUAAUGAAUAUUAAAAAUACGUUUGAAA